AUGCCAAAGGCAGCACCAGUGCCGUAUACGCCCUACGAUGCAACCAAGGCUUUACCCUCCGUAUACAAAAAGAAGGCUGCAAAAGAAUUGGGAGAGAUUUCUGAUCAAGUUUCAGCACAUCUGGAAUCGUUUCGACGAUGGCUUACCUCCAUGCCCCACUUGAAGUGCACCACGGAUGACACAUUUUUGUUGGCAUUUUUGCGUCAAGCAAAGUACAACCACAUGAAAGCGCAGCGCCGUCUGGACAAAUUUUGUACCUUCCGAACGUCACCCACUGAAGGAAAUCCUUCGUGGUUCGAGGACACGGCAACCAAUAGAGAAAACUGGAAUAAAUGGAUUGACAUGAAGUGCUGGGCACCUCUAGGAUUCACUCAAGAGGGGUCUCUGGUCAUUUUGGUGAAAUCUACCAACAUCAAUCUAAAUGAACUGUCGAUAGCAGAUCUGCAGGGUCCAUCGCACAUAUGGAACGAUAUAUGCCUAGCUGAUCCCAGAGCGCAAAUUGGUGGCAUCUGCAUGAUUAUGGAUUUCACGAAUUUUCGAAAGGAGGAUGUUAUGAGAAUGUUUGAGCCAAAGAUGUCGAAGGUUGCAACAAAAUAUUUCCAGGAAUGUCUUCCCUUCCGAAUAAAAAAAUUGAUAUACUACAAUACCCCAAAAGUCUUUGAAGCAAUGUUUAAUCUGUACUCUGAGUGGUUGAAUGAGAAAAUCAAGUCACGAAUUUUGGUUCUGGGCUCCGAUUUUAGCCCCGCUUUCGAUGCAGUUCCCGGAUUGAAAGACUUAAUGUCCGAUUCAUAUGGUGGCGAUAACAAGCUUUCCUUCGAGGAUUUAUGCGAGAAACAGGAAUCUAUGUUGAAGUCACUUCCGGAUGCUAGACCAGCUUUUGCGAUUGCGGUGGACGAGUCAAAACGGCCAAAAGAAUGUCGAAAUCAGUUCGGAGUUUAUAAAGACUUCUCCACGGAUAUAAUGGGCAAAUCGGGAAUAUACGUGAAAUUUAAUCAGGACGAAAUUUGA